UGGGUUGAAUCGGCAGUUGAUUAGGCCUACUCUCUCGCUCUCUCACGCACGGCUUUGGGUCACACAACAGGCAUAAUGACCGGACAGUUAUCGCUAACUAUUAAGCAAAUAUCUGAAAGUCUUAGUUUUGCGGAGUGUAAGACAUUACUAUACUUAUCUGGAGUGGAGUGCAUCAAUACCGUAUCAGCAGAUAUCGGGGACGUGCUGUGUUGCGUGAGAAAUGUAGCGGAUAUGAAUGUAUUUUUGAUGGAACUCAUGUUUAGGAUGAGACGUUUCGACAUAUUAAAAAAAGUAUUACGAGCCAGCAGGACAGAUGUUGAAGAAAUGCUGAGAACAGCGCAGUUCGUCUCAGACUACAGGGUGCUUAUGGCAGAUCUAAGUGACAAUAUUGGAGCAGAGGAUUUACGCUCUAUAGGAUUUUUGCUCAGUAAUUCCCUGUCAAGAGAAAGGCUGGAUGGCAUGCAGAGUUUCUUGGACAUAGUCACUGAACUUGAGAAGCAAGGUGAAGUGUCCAAUGAGGGUAUGGACAUAAUAGAACAGUGUCUAAAGAGAAUUCACCGCAUUGAUCUUGUAAAAAAAAUCAACAAGUACAAGGAGAAAGUAACAGAAAGAACAUCUGUGUCAAAUCACACAAGUGGAUUAAAGCAUCUUAGAAAGUCAGUACAAGAGUCCAGGGUUACCCCUGAGGUUUCAAAUGAGAAAUGGGAACUACCCAAACUUCAGAAAACCCCAAGAAUGUCUUGUAGGCCCACCAAAAGUGAAAGAAUGUCCUGUCAGAAUUCAUUGGAUGUGUAUAGAUUGCAGGCCCAGCCUCGUGGAGUAUGUGUGAUCAUCGACUGUGUGGGAUACGAAGGAGACAGGCUGGAACAGACGUUUAAGUGUCUGCAUUUCCACGUGAUCGUGCGGAAGCUGCUGAGCGUGACAGACUGCCUGUCUACUCUACAAGAGGUGGCCCAGCUCAGUCGGCACCGCGAUGCGGACGCGUUCGCCUGCUGUCUCGUCGGCCGGGGUUCCGAAAGUCACCUGCUGGGCACCGAGCCGCGGGGCCCAGGCCUGAGCCUGGACGCGGUCAGGCAUCUCUUCAAUUCCAACGCCUGUCCAGGGCUGGCGGGCAAACCCAAACUAUUCUUUGUCCAGAGCUACAGCGCCUUUGAGCCUUCAAGGUCGACUGAAUGCUCAGGCUACUACAGCUACUGGGAUAAGCAUCUUGAAACAGAUGGACCUGCUGUGGCCUAUGAUGAGGCUGUACCUACAUCUGCAGAUGUCUUCUGGAGCCACUGCUGGACACAGGAGACAGCUCUGGAAGAGCAAAACCACCAGUCUGCAUAUCUGCAAGCUCUGCAGUCAGCACUUUUGAAUGGGCAACGAAGGAAGAGGAAUCUUCUGGAUGUUCAUAUGGAGGUGAAUCAGAAAGUUUUUGAACACAAUGAUAUGAAUCCAGCACAAACAUAUGGCCUUGAUCUUAGACACACACUUCGAAAAAUUUUAUUUCUGUCAUAAUUGCAUAUUUUGAGGAAAUGUCAUUGCAUUGUAAACGUAAAAGAUAGUCUUUCAGAUACUUAUAUAUACAUAGUAUAUAUAUAUAUAUAUAUAUUGUUUUGUUUUGUUUCAUAGAUGUUAUCUGGAUUUUAUCCAUUAGGCUAAUUUGUGUGUAUACUAUUUAAAACCAGUCGAUGAGUCUUUUGUUUGCCAUAGAAAGGAUUUUAUUAUACACCAUUUUUACCAACUAAGUUACCAGCCAUCCAGCCAUUCUCAUGGCUUGAGAAUAAUUCAAUUGAUUUAUGUUUAAAUUCUUAAAGUAAAUGGGUUAAUUAAACAUUGUUCCAAAUGUAAUUCUCAUUUAUAGGACAACUCUAAGAACAACCUAGGGUAAAUGUUUGGAUGAUAAUAAGUGUAAACUUUUGUUAGGGACCAAAACAAAAUAGGGGGCAAGCUCACUACGUCAUAGUGAAUUACUACUUUAAGCCACUAAUAAGGCUCAAGCUCACUUACAGUACAUUACAUUACUGUCAAUGGACAGCAGUUAAAACUAAUCAAUGUGAUAAUUAGUAAUUGGCUAAUUCAGACUCCUCCAAGCAAGAUGGUGACUAAAAGAAUUUGAGCAAUGCACUGAAAGCUCAAAUAGCCAUGUCUACCCUUUCUGUGCACUUGCACUUACAAUUACUGUUUGUCUGUAGGUACCCCUUCCACAGUGUCACAAGUGUAGUGAUAUUUUGAGCCUUGUCAAUGACGUGUUGCCACUAAGCGAUUCACAUUGACGUUCUGAACUUACCCCCUUUCUAUCACAAGGUGCUAAUUUUAGAAUUUACUUGAUACGUUUUAGUUGGUAUUGACUGUUACAAACUUGGCAUUAAUCCUUUUUAGUAGCUAAAAUGACAAAUGACAAAAUUUGUCAAAGUGGGUUGCACCAUUUUGCAUCUGUCUCAUAAAUAAACUGUUAAAGGACAACAUUUGCCACCCAUGUAGCCGGAGAGGGCAGGUUGAACCGGUGUGGUGUUGCAUCACUUUCUCAUGAAUGUACACAAAGCAGAAGAAGGUACUGAUAGAUUUCAGAUCAGGAGUAGAAGAACUUCAAGUUACUUCUUACUCAGGAGUUGCUGCCUACAGUUGUCUUAGCCUAACUGGAGGCAGAUGUGGCAAGUGUGAAAAGAGGAGCACUGUGAGAGGGCAGUGGACCUGCUGCUGACACAUAUUGUUUAUUAAUACAUUUGUAUCGCUUUCACAUAAAACAAAAUGCAUUUCACACCGAACAGUAAUGCAUAAAGUAAAAUGUAACUGAAAAAAAAAAAAUAGAUAUGCUGAUGACACAUAUUGACCUAGCAAUCUCUUCACACUUCCUCAUACUUCCUGAAGAUUGAUCUUGCCCAACCAGUGAUGAUCCUUGAGAGUAUCAGAAACGUAAGCACCAACAAACUGCCUAGCAGUACCAUCUGGUUGCACCUUAUAACUGUUUUUUUCCUUAAUGAGAAUUGUUAACCAGCAGUGAAACUUUGAAUUUUUUUUGUAUUGCAUCUGUUACAUAGAGGAAGUAAGGUGAGGCUAUGAGUGGCUGUGUUGUGUUUGGAAUUAUGUGAGAGAGGUGACUGUAUUUUAGGUCAGUCAUGUCUGCAAAAUGUAUGUGUGCUAUUCAAGGUUUAUUUACUGUGAUCUUAAGUGAACUGAGACUGUAAUGUAUGUCAGCAUGCGUUUGCAAAUGUGUGCCAAUCACUGUGUCUUUAUUUAGCCUACUGUUUGUUGCAGUGGUGUCGUUUAUCCAAGACAAUUUUCUCCUGUGGGAGACAAAUAAUGUAACCACAUCAACCUUUAUUUGGUGGUGUUUUACCAUAUUAGUCUAUGUGGACAAUUUAAAUUAUUUAUUAAACAUAUAUUGUUUAAUUAUGCUCAUAUACAUUUUCUAAAUA